AUGGGUGUCUCGACUGAGAAGAAGCGGAAGCGGACCGAUGAUGUGUCAAAGUCGAGCAAAAAGUCGUCCAGCAAGACACCCAAGCCCAGCCAGUCAUCACAACAACAGCAGUCCCAACUGUCCACAGUCAAGGUCGCGUCCGUACGAAGCGUCACAGAAUGCCCGCCCGUCAUAGCCACCACGCCAGGCCUCUGCCUGCCGCCCUCGAUACAAUUCCAGGCCUACUCUAAGCCCGCGCCGGCGGGCACGCGCAAGUCGAAGGUCCUGCCGAACAGCCUGAUGCUGCACUCCUCCGCGGGCGAGAAGCUCGACUACACAGGCAGGGAGGAAGGUCCUGGGGGCCGGGAAUCACAUCUCAAGCACUACAUUGGUGUUUUCGACCCGGCGACCGGAAAGCUCGCGGUCAUGGAGGCGCGCAAGAUGGCGAUCCGAGGUGUUGUGAGGGCGCAGCAGCCAGACCCGGAGAAGGAGAACGAGCGGGAUCUGUCCAAGACCAUGUACGACCUCCGAACCGAUCUCGGCCACGCCUUUGGAACCAAGAAGGCCAAGAAGGCGCUCGCCGCGAUAACGGAAAACGCCAUCUCCCCCGAGAAGGCCGUCGGCGAAGGCUCCAGCAAGCUCAAUGCCACGUCCCUGGCGGUGAUGCAGUCGAUACAGCAGGUCACGAGCGGCAUGGCGACCAAGGAGGACCUGCAGGCUGCGGCCGACGCUGCCAAGCCUGUGCCGCCGUGCAACAUGAACGCCGAGGAAAUCCAGGACGUGUACCAGCCAGAGCAGAUGAUCGGUGCCGACAUACUGAACUCGAUCCCGAUCAAGGACUGGCAAGACAGCGUCAAGAAGGGCCAGGACAUCCGCAGCGGGAACAACGUCUACGUCUCGCACCGGCUGCAGGCGGUGGCCAGCGGGCCCAAUGCUAUCAAGCACCUGCGCGUGCUGCGGUACCUCGACUGCCUGAUCAAGUUCCAGCGGGCCGCGAAGCCCCAGGGCCGCGGGUUGUUCGUCGUUCCGCACAAGGAGAAGCUCGCCCAGCUGCUGGACCCGGUCCCCUCCCCAGUGGUCGAGAACAUCCGGCGGCGGUUCUCGAACAAGGGCGAGAUGCGCAAGUUCGAGAUCGAUCUCGUCCGCACCUGGACGUGCGCGCUGGCGGCGGUUGUGGGCAACUACUCGAUCGAGACGAGUGCGUUGCGGUACGACAUGGGCGUGGACGAGAAGGAGUUUGCACAGUACUGGCGCGAGAUUGGCGGCAAGGUCAAGGUCGUCAAGGGCGACGAAAAGGGCACACAGAAGCAGGUCGCGACGCUGUCGUUACCGCUCGAGUUCCCACAGCUGCGGUAUCAGCGGGCGCGGAGGUAG